UCUCCUCCUCCUCCUCCUGACUGUGAACAGAACCUGCACGGAGGGACAGGAAUGGGAAACAGAGCUCACAAGACCACCAAACCGAUAUAACGCGCGCACGAACACUAGACGCGAACCCUAGCUACAACUACUUCCAUUUCCGAUGGAGAAUCUCUCACAUUCUCGGCUGCCGAACAAGGGCUUACCUUCACUACCCAAGAAAGCUUGCAAUGGCAACACCUUCAACUCCGGCAAAGCCAACACCUACGACGACGUCUUCGGUGGCCCACCGAGGUUCGGGGCCUCGGCGCUCUCUCCCCGGUUAGAGGACUACGGCGAGAUUUUCGGUGGGUUUAACGCGCCUCGCGGCUCGUCGAUUCCGGUUCUCGAUCUUCCGCUGGUCCACGAGGACGAGGUAUUUUCCGAUGUGCGGAGCUCCGGAUUUGACUACGGUGAGGUUUUUGGUGGAUUUGACAGUCUCGAUUUCGCGUCGUCAUAUGAGGAGUUGGUAAUGGACCAGUCUAAGGGUGGUGAUGGUGAUUCCUCUGAAGAAGCUUGGACUCCUGUCGAAACUGAAUCUCCACUCGAAGGAUCAGAUCAUUCUGGGAAGAGUCCAUGUUUGUCUAAUGGAGAUUCUCUCGAGUCAAUUGAUGGCAGCAUGGAGUUCAGCGUAUCAUACAACAAGGCUUGUCAAAGUGAGAUAGGAAUGUCAAAUGGGGUGACACAUGUGACUGAGUCAAUUCCUGGAUAUACUUUUGCUGUUGAUAAAACCACUCGACUGCCAAAAGAGUAUGAGAAUCCAUGCUUGAAGGUGACUGAUGAUAGCACUCUUGAUAACACUGGAAGAAUGAUGAAAGGAAGACAUCUGAGGAAAACCAAAACCUUGCACUCUGCAAAUGGUAACACUGGCGGACAGACAUUCGAAGAUGACGUUACAAAGAGGAAAAUGUAUAGCAGGAACAGCUCUUUUCCUAAUUCCAUGUUUGUAACUGUUUCUGAAGUCAGCCUUCGAACUCAGCCUUCUGAAUUGCCACCUCCCUCUAGACCACCACCUUUGUUAGAUGCUAGAACAGAAGAUGCUUGUAGAUUCACUUCAAACAGUGGAACGAAUGCCACUGAAGGGCCUGCAUUUGCUAGUUCACCACCUUUCUUUGAUGUAGAGAUAGAUGCAAGUUCGGCUGCUGCAGUAUCUGCUGCCGCUAUCAAAGAAGCUAUGGAGAAAGCACAAGCAAAAAUUAAAAGUGCAAAAGAAUCAAUGGAGAGGAAGAGAGAAAGUGUUAAAAAUAACCUGAAGUCAGGUUCUAAGAAUGGCAGAAAAGAUAAGGAAGGAACACUAAACAAGAAUGUCGAUGGGUCAGAUGGCAUAAAAGAAGAAAUAGCAUGUGGUGUUCGUGCCCAAGGUGAUAAUGGAAUGAACUUUUAUGUUAGAGAUGAAAGGCACAAAGUAAUAAAAUCAACACAGGAAGUUCCUGGUUCAAUUGAAGUUGACAAAAUUUUUAAUGUGGUUAGGAAGUCUUCAGAGGAGAAGCCUGAAAAGAAAUCUUUGUCACCUCAACAGCUCAAUGAAAUUGAUGAAAAUGAUGAAUGGAAAGAAGCAACACAAUUUUUUGAACUGGUGAGACUAGACAAAUCAAGAGCCAGUUUCGAAUAUGAAAACAGUGAAGAUAUUUUAUUGCAUAACACAAAGUUUCUUCACGAGGAUGGUCAGAAGGAGAAGUGGUCAACUGUGAGAAACUCAGAGAAGCAACCAGAACGGAAGUUGAAGGCAGUGGGAGAAAAUCAAACUGCUGAGAAACUUGAGAAGAAAUCAGAAACAGCAAAGGUGGUUUGUGAGCAUAAGGAUAAGUACGGAAAAUCACGUACAUCAAUAGAAGCACCUCGGCAGAAGAAGCAUGAGAAGAAGGUAAAGAUUGUAAAGGAUUUUCAUGAAGAAGAGGGAGAGAAGAAAUCUAAGAUAGCCCCACAACCUGUGGGAGCAGAGAAGAAAGCAACUUCUAUUGACCAAUCAGAAAAUACGGGAACUUGGAAAAGGUUCGUCAAGAAAACAAAAUCUCAGCUGAAACAAGAGAUGGACAGUGGAAAACUUGAAAAAAUCCAAGUGGCUUUUGUUGAAGAGGAUAGAAAGAUGGUAGCUGCACUAAAGGACACUGAAAAGAGACCACAGGUUGUCGGAACUGUAGACAUUUUAUUUGAUGAAGAAUAUGUUAAAUCUGGGAUGGUUCGUCGCAACUUAGAAUUUGUAGAGAGCCUAUCCAGAGAUGCGUAUGUAGCAGAGUUGCUUAUCCAAGAGCAGAGAGUAAAUAGAGCAGGUGAAGCUGGAAGCAGUAUUGCACAAACAGAUGUGGAGAAAACUAAAGAUGUUUCCCAGUUAGGAUCUGAUUUGAGAAAUCACAAUAAGAAAUUUGCUUAUGAGUUGGAGGGAAGAGGGAAUCAUAUCACGCAAACACAAACCAUCCUGAAUCAAGAAGAAAACAGGGAUAAGUCCAGUUCAAAUGAAACAAUGAGGGAAUCAGUUGAAGGUGGAAAGAAAGUGGAAUUGACAGAGUCUUCUAUGCUAGAAGGGAAAAGAAGCACCCCAAAAGCAGCUCAGCAGGUUAAUGACAGAAAUGCACGAAGAAAAGACAGAAAUCUCAAUGAGUUUUCUAGAUUGGAAGAGAAAGAAAGUGAAAGGAUAAGAAGAGAACGAGAGCUUGAAAACGAGCGCCUCAGAAAGAUAGAAGAAGAAAGGGAGAGAGAAAGAGAAAGAGAAAAGGACAGGAUGGCUGUCGACAGAUUGAAUGCUGAAGUUCGUGAUAGGGCAGAAAGGCUUGCUGUGGAAAGGGUAACAGCUGAAGCCCGGCAAAGAGCACUGGCAGAGGCUCGUGAAAGGUUAGAGAAGGCAUGUGCAGAGGCUAAGGAGAAAUCAUUUGGUGAGAAGGCAUCUGUGGAGGCUAGGCUCAGGGCAGAACGUGCUGCUGUUGAGAGGGCAACUGCAGAGGCUCGAGAACGUGCUGCUGAAAAAGCUGCAUUUGAGGCAAGAGAACGGAUGGAAAGAUCUGUAUCAGAUAAAUUCUCUACUUCUUCCCGAAAUAGUGGAAUGAGACCAAGCUCUUCAUUCUCAGAUGUGCAUGAUCAUCAAUUUCAGACUACAGGCUCUUUGGGUGCUCAAAGAUUUCAUUCAGCUUAUGGUGCUUCCUAUUAUGGUGAGAAGUCUGAAGGAGUUGAUGGUGAAUCAGCUCAAAGGUGUAAAGCUAGACUAGAGAGGCAUCGCCGAACAGCUGAACGUGCAGCAAAAGCGCUUGCAGAGAAGAACAUGCGUGAUCUUAUCGCUCAAAGAGAGCAAGCAGAGAGAAAUAGAUUAGCAGAAACCUUGGAUGCAGAUGUCAAAAGGUGGUCCAGUGGAAAAGAAGGGAACCUCCGUGCAUUGCUUUCAACAUUGCAAUAUAUCCUUGGCCCAGAUAGUGGUUGGCAGCCAAUCCCGUUAACAGAAGUCAUAACUGCACCUGCGGUAAAGAAAGCUUACAGGAAAGCUACCCUUUGUGUUCAUCCUGACAAAUUACAACAACGAGGUGCAAGUAUUCAGCAGAAGUACAUUUGUGAAAAGGUCUUUGAUCUUCUGAAGGAAGCUUGGAACAAAUUCAACUCUGAAGAACGGUAGCUUGUUGUGCUUGCAGAUUUGCGUAUUUCUACAGUUCAUGGUCAAUUCUGUAAAUUUACACAGCGAGGUAGUAGAUUUUUCGUAGCGAUUGGAUAUUUUAGUUUAUCUAUGUAGUUUUGAAAUGUAAUCUUAAGCUCAAAGAAACAGGUGUGAAACUAGUAAAAGAGAAAAAUUCAUUUCCCCUUUUUGAAAGUUGAGAAA